AAGGGUCAGGAGCCAGGCAAGGAGAGCCCGAACAAGAGGAGCAUUUUCCUGGGCUCUUCCAGCUGUUCUGCUCAAUCCUGCUGUCGGUUCUGAGCAGGGAAGAGAGACUGUCAACACAAAUAAGGCAUUUUUCAAAGGCGUAAAUUAUGAGUUACCAAAACAAUGCGACAUCUCCACCACAUGGAGACAUCGAGAGCCCCACAGCUGGAGCAGAUGUGGCUGUUAUUGGAGGUGUGAUUGCUGCAGUGGUAUUUGUCCUCAUUUGCCUGCUGGUGGUGAUGGUCCGGUACAUGUAUAGGCAUAAGGGCACCUACCACACCAACGAGGCAAAAGGAACUGAGUUUGCCGAAAGUGCAGAUGCCGCUUUGAAAAAUGACCCCGCUCUCCAGGAAGCAGUGGAUGAGAGCAAAAAGGAAUAUUUCAUCUGAAAGGCAAAGAUUUCCAUGGAGGCUUCCCCAAGGGAAUCAAUCAGAAAUGCUACAUCAAGAGAAGUGCUAAGAGAUGGAUAAUAUGAGGACACAGGCAAGCAUCCUGAAUGAAAAGUAUUUCUUUACUUUUGUUGUCACUGGGUUGUUUCUUUUCCUCUACCGGUGAAGAACUAAAUGGCAGAUACUUGCCUGUUGAUUUUAUUAGCAACACAGCUGGUCACAGUUGAAAUCAAUAUCAGAUAAGAAGAAACAAAAUCUCUGUAUGAGUGAUACACCAAAACCAGAUAAAGAUAGCAAAUGUCAAGCCUUGACAUUUGGUGAAAAUAGCAGAUACCAAUGAAAAACAUCCUCUUAGAGUUAAUGAUGCAUCCUAUGCUGGUAUGAUACAGAUCUACCUGAAAUUGAAUUUCAAAUGGUCACAGAACAAAUAUUAAACUAGAGAAAGCUGAUGUAGCUGUAACAAAAAUAGCUUUGUAGCGCAGAUAUCUACCCCUUCCCCAUAAAUGUGCUGUUUUAUUGGCACAGGGGAGUUUGUUUUGUUUGUUUGGGGAUUUAGAUUGGGAUUUUUUUUUAAUUUUUUGAAUUUUAUAUAUAUAAAAGUCAAAGACACUUCAAAGAAAUAAAACCGUUGGAAAACAUGGAAAAUGUGAAAUGAUGAUUUAUUUCUAACUUGCUCUGCAUGGCAACUUGAGAACUGCAAAUUGUUGGACUUUACAGUGUAGUAUAUAAUAGCCAGUAGACUUACAAAUAUGAUUCCAAUUAGUUGGUAGGUUCCCUGCAUGCAUGCAUACAAAGUAGACAGAUAUUAAAACUAAAGCAUCUUGGUUUCAACAGGCCUUUUUAAACAGCGGAGCUCAGCUAGAUUUUUUCAAGUAAGAUUUUUUUGCCUGAGUAUUUAUUUAUUUAUUUUGCAUUGGAAAAUUUUCUUGAACACCCACCAGCAGAAUUUUGGAUUUUUGCAGGGAGAGGAAUUCAGUUCAGGUGCAGAUACUGAUAAAUACAUUACAAUAAAAUGCAACAAUAAGACUGCCAGUAUGAAGAAGCUUGCUCAUCCACAUCCCUCUGGCUUGUAUUGAUGACUUCCUCUCUAUAGCAUUUACGUUGUGCUAGGUAAGAGAUUACACAGACCAUUGAUGCUUUAUUAUAAAUAAAUAAAUAGAUUAGUCAUGGUGGGUCACAUGAAACCAUCUUCUUCCUCGCCUAAGAAUCGGUGGUGAAGAGUUUCUUUACCCCAGUAAGUUGGUUUCCUAAUUGAAACCCACAAUUAGCUCCGGAAAUAGGAUAAUUGUUCUCUGCACCUGCUUAUCCCCAGCUGUGAUGGUGCCCUGGACUACUGAGAGAAAAACACAAUAACAAAUAAGACACUGAUGAGAUCUGCUCAACUCAAUAUGUUUUUUCCUGUGUUUUCAUCUGUGCAUGUGUGUGUGUAUAUAUAUAUGUAUAUAUAUAAAGUCAUCUACAACUGUGCUUUCAA